AUGAAGUGGAAUGUGAUUCUUUUCUUAUGUCUGACUACGACGAGUUUAUUUCUUCUUCAACGUUCUGAAGGAAAUGAAAUAUUUCUACAUACUGCUUCAGCUACGCUUUCUCCAAAUGCUCUCAUUUAUCGAAAUGAACGGGCUGAAGCGUCCAAUGCGAUUGACGGAGACAACAGAGAGGGAAGUAGCGGCAGGUCGUUUGACGGUCUUAUGAAAUGUGCAGUUACAGCUACGGGCCGAGACACAUUGAAGUACCUAAAAAUAGAAAUGACACGACAGGAGGACAUUUCAUACGUAAAAUUAUAUCUGAGAGACGGUUUGAACAGCCGAAGGCAACAGAAUGGACUUACGGUCAGUGUCAGCAACAGCUCCAACAUCGAUUCUGCUACACGUUGUAGCGAUAAAGUGUACGAUGCUUCUACGCACGGGCAAUCGCCAGUGUUUGUUUGCAUGAAUCAAGCACGCUACAUUUGGGUCGUAUUACGAAACAGUCGAUGGCAUCUUCAAGUUUGCGAAGUUCGAGCAUACACUGGUCCUAUGAAUUUGACUGCUCCUGGACUUACGUCGUUGUCAGACGGACCAUUUACUUUUCAUGGUUUGACGGCAAGCGCUGCUAAUGUUGUAGAUGGCAAAUCAUCGAUCGGCCAAUCAAAAGGAUCUGGUUUUAGGUUCUGCGCUGUCAAUAAUUACAGAAAAAACGACAAACUACAGUUUCUUCGCAUUUCUCUCUAUCAAAGACAACCGAUUCUUUCUGUUCGUUUGCAUUUGAGAGACCCACCAAAAGGUUUUAGACCAACUCGCUAUUACAGCAGACUCGGCAUCGUAAAUGUUGGCGUUGGUAACUCCAGCGAUGUGAACGAUGUACGACGACAGUGCGGGUCAUCAUAUCAAGCAAGCCAAGGACAAUCACCAAUCUUUAUCUGCUACGCUACUGGAAGUUACGUCUGGUUGACUGUAAGAGCAAAUUUUUUUCUUGAAGUCUGUGAAGUGGAAGUUUACGCAGAUGUUCACUGCAUUACUCCUAAAUCUCUUGUCAAUGGCAAAUACAGCAUCACGAAUGACUCCGUGGGUGGGUUUUUGUCAGUGGAAUGCAAUCAAGGGUAUAAACCCACAUCCUCUAAACCGAUUACAUGUGAGAGCAGUGGAAAUUGGAGUCAGCCGUUUCCGACGUGCAAAGUAUCUGGUUGUAAUAAAUAUGACAAUCCAAAGAACGGGAAUGCUUUGGCGUCUACUGAUGAAUUUGGAGAAAUAAUACACGUAGCAUAUACUUGCGACAAAGGCUACCAUCUCAUUGGAAACGAAACUCGAGAAUGUGAUCAUGGAAGUUUGACCGGAGAUCCUCCAAUAUGUCAGGCAGUGAGUUGCGGAUUACCGCCCACUGUGAAGAACGGAAAUUAUUCUGGAAAUGUGUUUUCUUACGGAAACACUGUUGAAUACACAUGCAAAAAGGGCUAUCAUUUGAAGGGUCCUAAAGUCAUCACAUGCCAGAGUAACAAAACGUGGAAUAUAACAAAGAAUUUGAAGUGUGAACUGUACUGUGAAAGACCUGUAAUUCCUCAUCCUGGACGAAUCACCAACAUUUCACCUGACAUUACUGAAUUUCCGUUGUACACAACUUUGAAAUACGGCUGUGAAACAGGAUACCUACUUGCAAAUAAUUCAGGAAAGUACAGUACCUGUCGAUCUAACGGGUCGUGGUCAUUGGAACGUCCAGCAUGUCACGGUUGGUAG